AUGCUAACAACAUUUUUUGAUCAGAAUAGAAACGAUGAAACAGCAAGGGUACAUUUGUAUAAAGAUUUUCCAAAACACUAUACUUGGAAUGGAAGCACACGCCGUUGGAGUCGUCGUUUCGGUAAAAAACAAAGAGGUCGUAUCGUUUCCGCUAAUCCAGCCGAAGGAGAAAGGUACUACUUACGCCUACUUUUGUCAAAUGUCAGAGGGCCUACUUCUUUCGAACAUCUUUGCACAGUUAAUGGUCAACGGUGUGCGACAUUUCGGAAAGCAGCUCUUGAGUUAGGCUUAAUAGAAGACGAUGAAUAUCUAUCACAAUGUCUCGAAGAAGCCUCUACGUUUCAGUUUCCCAAUGCUCUUAGAAGGUUAUUUGCGACCAUAAUGAUUUUUUGCCAACCUGGAGAUAUUCGAAAGUUAUGGAAUGACCACUUUGAUUCACUAUCUGAAGAUCAUCGGUUACACUGUCAAAGUAUAGAACGAGUUCAAAAUAUGGUUCUUACCGAAAUAAGUGUCUUGGUACAAUCCAUGGGUAAAAAUUUCAAUGAAUUCGACCUUCCUAAGAUAACUGACGAUGUUAACUUACAAGAUGCAGGUUAUCGUGAGUUACAAGAAGAGUAUGGGAUUGUUUUGGAACCUGAACACUUGAGUGCCAAACAUUCACUUAAUCCGGACCAAAAAAAUGUGUUUGAUGAGAUCAUGAUGCAUGUUGAUAAUGAUCUUCCAGGCGUGUUCUUUAUUGAUGGUCCAGGUGGAACUGGAAAAACAUUUUUAUACAUUGCCUUGCUUGCUGAAAUUCGGUCACGUGGUCUUAUUGCUCUCGCAACAGCUUCAUCAGGUGCAGCGGCUAAUAAUAUGCCAGGAGGUAGAACGGCUCACUCGAGAUUCAAGAUUCCUCUUAAUCUUGAAAAUAAUUCAAUGUGCAAUAUUAAAAAACAGAGUGGGGCCGCUAAACUGAUUCGCUCUGCCAAAAUAAUCAUAUGGGAUGAAGCGUCGAUGGCUAAACGACAAGCGAUAGAGGCAGUCGAUCGUACAUUCCAAGACAUUAUAGGUGUUAGUCUCCCAUUUGGUGGAAAGAUAAUGGUUAUGGGAGGUGACUUCAGACAGGUGUUGCCGGUUAUCAAACGUGGCACUCGAGCACAGAUUGUAGACUCCAGCGUACGAAUGUCACCUCUUUGGUCUUUGACUAAGAAGAUGCGGUUGACCAUAAAUAUGAGAGCGCUGAAAGAUCCAUGGUUUUCUAAAUUUCUUUUAAGAGUCGGCGAUGGAACUGAAGAACCAAUCGAAGGAAACUAUAUCCGCAUACCCGAUGACAUGACAAUUCAGUGCAACAACAGAGAAAACGCUAUAAAAGAAUUGAUCCAUGCCAUCUUUCCAUCAAUUCAAGAUAAUGUAUAUUCUUCAGAUUAUAUAAUCUCUAGAGCAAUAUUGUCCACUAAAAAUGAUAGUGUUGACGAGAUUAAUAAUCAAAUGAUUGAAAUUUUUCAAGGGGAGGAAAAAGUUUAUUACAGUUUUGAUGAAGCUGAAGACGAUCAGCGCAACUUCUAUCCGGUCGAGUUCUUAAAUUCGCUAAAUGUUAGUGGUUUGCCGCCUCAUAAGCUUCAUUUAAAAAUUGGAUGCCCAAUAAUAUUGUUACGUAAUAUCGAUCCAUCACAUGGCCUGUGUAAUGGCACGCGGUUGAUAUGUAAAGGUUUCAUGCGAAAUGUUAUUGAUGCGGAAAUUGCAGUCGGUCAACAUGCCGGAAAAAGAGUUUUUUUGCCAAGAAUCCCUCUAACCCUUUCUGAAGAUGACAUGUUCCCAUUUAAGCUGAAAAGAAAACAAUUUCCAAUUCGAAUUAGCUUUUCCAUGACGAUUAAUAAAGCUCAAGGUCAAACAAUUCCGAACGUUGGUAUUUAUCUACCGGAUUCUGUAUUUUCACAUGGACAACUUUAUGUCGCGUUAUCAAGAGGGAUUUCAAGACAAAGUACGAAGGUGUUGGUACAUCUCGCCAAAGAAUUCAAACAACGCGGAGUUUACACAUCAAAUGUUGUCUACCAGGAAGUGUUGCGUGAUUAA